CCUUUGGACUUGACUAACGUUCUCUGUUCGCUCUCUGUUAGGUCCAGGGUUGCUUUUUUCAUAUUUGUAGCUGCUCUCGACCGCACUCGACGAUUCGUGGUAUCACUGCUUGCUAUAUAUUCGAUCCCUUAUAGCUAUCGGAGACGCCGCUGAGGUUCCCCCUUUUCAUAUUCAGUUUGCGUGCCCAAUAGGGGAUUUGCGCGUAGCUGACGCUGUCAGGGUCAACGCGUAUAAGUUGGUUGACGCCCACAGCAGCUGUGGGGCUGUAGCCAUGUCUAAAAACGAUUUAGAGAAGCAAGUUACUCGCGGAGACCCGCCCCGAGACCAUGACGAUGGGCUCACUACGGCUCAAACUACUGGCCCGCCGUCGACAAAUUCGACAGUUACGGUAAACUUGGAAGAGCAACGUGAAACUGUGAGGCAGAACAAUCCCAAUGGCUUCUCACGCAUCAAUAACGGUGUUUCUGUCGAACAGGCCGAAGCCGAUUUCGCCGAGCUUAGAAGGGAACUGACAGGGCUGUCCAGAGCAAGCCGUACCCGUAGCCGAAAGGGUUCCGAUGUCGAGAAAGGAGAAUUCACAACUCUGGAGACUCCUGGUUCCCAAGAGUCGAUUGGUGCUUUUGACUUAGAGGCAACUCUAAGAGGAGAAUUAGAUGCGGGCAGAGAGGCCGGUAUUAAACCGAAACAUAUCGGCGUCUACUGGGACGGUCUCACAGUCAAGGGUAUUGGCGGUACUGCCAAUUAUGUGAAGAUAUUCCCUGAUGCCUUCAAGGACUUUGUCGACUGCUGGACCCCCCUUAUGAGACUCCUCGGCAAGGGUAAGAAGGGCAAUGAAGUUACCUUACUGGAAAACUUCAAGGGCGUUGUGAAUCCCGGCGAAAUGGUUCUUGUCCUAGGAAGGCCCGGAUCUGGUUGCACAACUUUCUUGAAGUCGAUUGUAAACCAGCGAUGGGGUUAUACCAGCGUUACUGGAGAAGUGCUCUACGGGCCAUUCACAGCUGAGGAGUUUAAACAAUACCGUGGCGAGGCCGUCUAUAAUCAGGAGGACGAUAUUCAUCAUGCUACCCUUACUGUCGAACAAACGCUCGCUUUCGCGCUUGACACCAAGAUUUCUAAAAAACUACCAGCUGGAAUGACCAAGAGCAAGUUUAAGGAAGGUGUCAUCACCAUGCUACUCAAGAUGUUUAACAUAGAGCAUACAAGGAAUACUGUGGUUGGUGAUGCUCUGGUCCGUGGUGUCUCUGGUGGCGAGAGGAAGCGCGUUUCUAUCGCUGAGAUGAUGAUUACAAACGCUUGUGUUCUAUCUUGGGAUAAUAGUACUCGCGGUCUCGACGCUAGCACGGCCCUGGACUUUGCCAAGUCCCUUCGGAUCCAAACCAAUCUUUAUAAGACGUCUACCUUCGUGUCUCUCUACCAGGCAUCCGAGAAUAUCUAUAAGCAAUUCGACAAAGUUCUACUUAUAGAUGGCGGGAAACAAGUGUACUUCGGUCCCACUACCGAGGCCCGAGCUUACUUUGAAGGGCUCGGUUUUCUCCCGCGACCGCGACAGACGACACCCGACUAUAUCACUGGAUGUACGGACGAAUUCGAACGCGAAUACUCUGAAGGCUUUUCGCCGCGAAAUGCCCCGCAUAGUCCCGAGACAUUAGCUGAAGCGUUCGAGAAGUCCCCGCUUGCCCAAAAGCUGAAUACCGAGAUGGCAGAAUACAAGGCUAAGCUUGAGCAUGAACAAGAGGUCGCUCGCCAUAACGAUUUCCGCAUGGCUGUACGGGAGAGUAAGCGAAGCGGUGCUAAAAAUUCGGUCUAUAGUGUCGGAUUCCAUCUCCAGGUGUGGGCUCUGAUGAAGCGGCAGUUUGCUAUCAAAUUACAAGAUAAGCUUACCGUAAUCCUGUCUUGGAUUCGAACUAUUGUCAUCGCCUUGGUACUCGGAUCCCUGUACUUCAACCUGGGACAGACAUCCGCCAGUGCCUUUGGAAAAGGAGGUCUUUUGUUCAUCUCUCUCCUGUUCAACGCCUUCGAAGCUUUCUCGGAAUUAGGAUCAACAAUGUUAGGCCGGCCAAUCGUGAAUAAGCAUAAAGCGUACACCUUCCAUCGACCAUCGGCCUUAUGGAUAGCGCAGAUAUUUGUGGACACAGCUUUUUCAGCGGCGCGAAUUUUGGUGUUCUCGAUUAUUGUUUACUUCAUGUCCAACCUUACAAGGACAGCUGGGGCUUUCUUCACGUUCUAUCUGCUAAUCCUGGUCGGCAAUAUCUCGAUGACACUCUAUUUCCGUAUAAUUGCUUGUCUCAGUCCUGAUUUCGACUAUGCUAUCAAAUUUGCUACUGUUGUGAUUGCUCUAUUCAUCCUAACAUCAGGCUAUCUUAUUCAGUAUCAGUCUCAGCAAGUCUGGCUCAGAUGGAUAUUCUGGAUUAACACGUUGGGUCUUACCUUCUCCAGUCUGAUGUCAAAUGAGUUCGGUGGAAACAAGUUGAGGUGCUCGGACGAGUCACUCAUUCCCUCGGGGCCUGCAUAUGGUAACAUCAGCCAUCAAGUUUGCACUUUAGCUGGCUCGAAACCUGGCAGCAUUGAGAUAGCAGGUGCUGAUUACAUUACCCAAGGAUUCUCUUACGCUCCCGAGGACCUGUGGAGAAACUUCGGCAUUAUUAUCGCUCUUAUCGUCUUCUUACUUGCUAUGAACGUUGUAUCAGGCGAGUUGGUGAAGUACGGCAUGGGUGGAAACCAAGCGAAGGUUUUCGCAAAGCCUAACGCCGAACGAAAGGCCCUAAACGACGCCCUUAACGAAAAGAGACUCCAACGCCAGAAAUCAAGAGAGGCUGAUGCGGGAUCUGCUUUGAAGAUUGAAUCUAGUAGUAUUCUCACAUGGGAAGAUCUCAACUACGAUGUGCCUGUCCCAGGCGGUACUCGACGUCUACUGAACAGCAUUUAUGGAUACUGCAAGCCGGGCGAACUCACUGCUCUUAUGGGGGCAUCUGGAGCUGGAAAGACAACUCUGUUGGAUGUCUUGGCGGGAAGAAAAAACAUUGGUGUUAUUACUGGCGACAUCCUAGUUGAUGGUCUCAAGCCCGGAAAGGAGUUCCAGAGGUCGACCUCCUACGCCGAGCAGCUCGACAUGCAUGACCCCACGCAGACUGUCCGUGAAGCCUUACGUUUCUCGGCCGACUUGCGACAACCCUUCGAGACGCCACGUGAGGAGAAGUAUGCUUACGUUGAGGAGAUCAUUGCCCUGUUGGAAAUGGAAAACAUUGCGGACUGUAUAAUCGGAACCCCUGAAGCCGGCCUUACUGUUGAGCAGAGAAAGCGUGUAACAAUCGGUGUCGAGCUGGCAGCUAAGCCGCAGCUUCUGCUAUUCUUGGAUGAGCCGACUUCUGGUCUCGAUAGUCAAAGUGCUUUCAACAUUGUCCGAUUUUUAAGAAAGCUUUCUGCUGCUGGACAAGCCAUCCUCUGUACUAUUCACCAACCCAACGCCGCCCUGUUCGAGAACUUUGACCGUCUACUUCUACUUCAGAGAGGAGGCCGCUGUGUAUACUUCGGUGAUAUCGGCGAGGAUGCAUGCGUUCUUCGAGAUUACUUGGGCAGCCACGGUGCUGUCGUAGGCCCAUCUGACAAUGUUGCUGAAGUCAUGCUCGAGAUCAUCGGCGCUGGAAGCGCUCCCCGAGUUGGAAACCGUGAUUGGGCUGACAUUUGGGCUGAUAGUCCCGAGCUUGCUAAUGUGAAGGAUAUGAUCUCUCAGUUCAAGGAGUCUCGCAAAGAGGCGACUGCGCAUACCGACCUCUCUCUACAACGCGAAUACGCCUCGCCCCUUUUGCACCAAUUGAAAGUUGUCAUCAACCGUACCAACCUCUCCUACUGGCGAUCACCUAACUACCUCUUCACGCGUAUUUUCAAUCAUGUUGUCAUUUCCCUCGUUGUCGGUCUAACCUAUCUGAACCUUGACGACUCCCGUGCAGCAUUGCAAUAUAAGGUUUUCGUCAUGUUCCAGAUUACCGUCUUGACCGCUUUACUGCUACCUCAGGCCGAAUUGAUGUACAUUAUCAAACGAUCAAUUUUCUUCCGCGAGCAGUUGAGCAAGAUGUACAGCACCUUCACCUUUACUACGGCCAUGAUAGUCGCUGAGAUGCCUUACUCGAUUAUCUGUUCCGUGGCUUUCUUCCUUCCUCUAUACUAUAUCCCAGGUUUCCAGACCGAGUCUGCGCGAGCCGGGUAUCAGUACUUCAUGAUUUUGAUUACGGAGAUCUUUUCAGUCACGUUAGGACAAUGCAUUGCUGCACUCUCGCCUUCUCUUUUCGUCUCUAGCCAAUUCGAUCCAUUCAUCGUUAUCACUUUCUCGAUGUUCUGCGGUGUUGCUAUUCCUGCUCCCCAGAUGCCUGCUUUCUGGAGGUCAUGGCUGCACCAAUUAGACCCAUUCACUCGCCUAAUUGGGGGUACGGUGACCACUGCCCUGGAUGGCGUGCAGGUCAACUGCAAGCCAUGGGAGCUGAACUCUUUCACCGCGCCCGAAGGUCAGACGUGUGGUGAAUACAUGGCUCCCUUCUUCGAGAAAGGUGCUGGAUACAUCGUAGACAAUGCUACUAGCCUGUGCCAAUACUGCGCUUACAAGACGGGCAAUCAGUUCUACGAACCUUUGGGAUUCAAGUUUGACUACCGAUGGAGGGAUCUUGGGAUCUUCUUGGCCUUCGUAGGAAGCAGCCUAAUUAUCUUGUUCUCUGCAGGACGAUUCCUGAAUUUCAACCGACGCUAAUGUGGGAUGAGAAAGAAGUAUGAGAUGUACGAUGCGAUUUAGCUCAUGUGGCUAUCAGCAAUUUUAGACUGGGAAGAUUGGGAGGAGCCCCAACAACGGAUAGACGAAGAGACGCUGCAUAGGUUACCUGUUUUACGAUAUUGAAGUGGGAAAUAGACCAGGAAGAAAUAACUUAUACGCUAAGCAUCAGACAGGAUAGCCAUUUGCAUGAUUAUAUUCAUGUCAAUAGUACCCAAAGUAUAUAGAUUAAUCAUUCAAGCACAAAAUACGUGCCGAAUCACUUACCUUUUGGACUAGCAUUAUUAUAACAUAAUAUUUGUCCAUAGCUUUUAGUUCCCUUACCUCCUACCUGUACAUAUGUCAAAUAUCAC